AGACAGUUUAGGUGGGUAAAGUUGAGAAAAAAGAACACACACAGAAGAAAAAGCGCCGUUUCUUGGAGACUUGUCAGAAACUAGGAGCGGGGAGGUGGGAAGCGAGGCGCGCGGGCUUGCGGGGGCGCGUAAUAAAAGCAACGUCUAAAGCUGAAAGGCGACCACACAUUACAAAAGAAAUGGAAUACAAAAGUGGGCUUGACGAUUCUACAGCUGCUCCAGAGGGAAUCUCCGGGAGACCACGCGGAAGCCCCGCGGGGUGGCGGGGGGCGCAAGCGGAGGAUAUUCCUGGUGAUCUUGGAAGAGUCCAUAUCAUGGAAUCCAUUUCUAUGAUGGGAAGCCCUAAGAACCUUAGUGAAACUUUUUUGCCCAAUGGCAUAAACGGUAUCAAAGAUGCAAGGAAGGUCACUGUAGGUGUAAUUGGAAGUGGGGAUUUUGCAAAAUCCCUAACCAUUCGACUUAUUAGAUGUGGCUAUCAUGUAGUCAUAGGAAGUAGAAAUCCUAAAUUUGCUUCUGAAUUUUUUCCUCAUGUGGUAGAUGUCACCCAUCAUGAAGAUGCGCUAACAAAAACGAACAUAAUAUUUGUUGCUAUACAUAGAGAACAUUACACCUCCCUGUGGGACCUGAGACAUCUGCUAGUGGGUAAAAUCCUGAUUGAUGUGAGCAAUAACAUGAAGGUAAAUCAAUAUGCAGAAUCCAAUGCUGAAUAUUUGGCUUCAUUAUUCCCGGAUUCCUUGGUUGUCAAAGGAUUUAAUGUUAUCUCAGCUUGGGCACUUCAGUUAGGACCUAAGGAUGCCAGCCGGCAGGUUUAUAUAUGCAGCAACAACAUUCAAGCUCGACAACAGGUUAUUGAACUUGCCCGUCAGUUGAAUUUCAUUCCCAUUGACUUGGGAUCCUUAUCAUCAGCCAAGGAGAUUGAAAAUUUACCCCUACGAUUAUUUACUCUCUGGAGAGGGCCAGUAGUAGUAGCCAUAAGCUUGGCCACAUUUUUCUUCCUUUAUUCCUUUGUCAGGGAUGUGAUACAUCCAUAUGCGAGAAACCAGCAGAGUGACUUUUACAAGAUUCCUAUUGAAAUUGUGAACAAAACCUUGCCUAUAGUUGCUAUUACUUUGCUGUCCCUGGUAUACCUGGCAGGUCUCCUGGCAGCUGCUUAUCAGCUUUAUUAUGGUACCAAGUACAGGAGAUUUCCACCUUGGUUGGAGACCUGGUUACAGUGUAGAAAACAGCUCGGAUUACUAAGUUUCUUCUUCGCUGUGGUCCACGUUGCCUACAGCCUCUGUUUACCAAUGAGGAGGUCAGAGAGAUACUUGUUUCUCAACAUGGCUUAUCAACAGAUUCAUGCAAAUAUUGAGAACUCUUGGAAUGAGGAAGAAGUCUGGAGAAUUGAAAUGUAUAUCUCCUUUGGCAUAAUGAGCCUUGGCUUACUGUCCCUCCUGGCAGUCACUUCCAUCCCUUCAGUGAACAAUGCAUUAAACUGGAGAGAAUUCAGUUUUAUUCAGUCUACACUUGGAUAUGUCGCUCUGCUCAUAACUACUUUCCAUGUUUUAAUUUAUGGAUGGAAACGAGCUUUUGAAGAAGAGUACUACAGAUUUUAUACACCACCAAACUUUGUUCUUGCUCUUGUUUUGCCCUCAAUAGUAAUUCUGGGUAAGGUCAUUUUACUCCUUCCAUGUGUAAGCCAGAAGCUAAAACAAAUUAAAAAAGGCUGGGAAAGGAGCCAAUUUCUCGAAGAAGGUAUUAGAGGAACAAUUCCUAAUCUUUCCCCAGAGAGGGUUACAGUAAUGUGAUGAUAAAUGGUGCUCACAGAUGCCAUAUAAAGUUCUACUCAUGCCAUUAUUUUUAUGACUUCCUCUAUGUUCAGUUGCAAAUGUGCUGUCAAAUUACUGUGGGUUGAAACUUGUUAAAUGAAAUUUCAGCUGAAUUAGAGAUAAAAUAUUCUUCAAGUUAAUUUUCACAAAUGUCAUGUUUUAACAAUAUAAUUUUUAUAGUCAACAUACUGUUGAAAUUUAGGAAUGUUUUGUUUUGCACAACCAUAACAGUAUUGAAUAACUAUAUUUCAUAAGCAGGCAAAAAUAUUUAUAGUUAAUAUAGAUAUAGCAUAAUGUUAAAAACAAUUUGCAAACCAGCAGAAUUUUAAGCUUUUAAAAUAAUUCAAUGGAUGUACUUUUUUUUCCUGAAACUUAAGUAAGGUUUUAAUUAUUAUCCAAGUUAAGAAAUAGAAAUUCAUAAUCAUACAUUGUUUUUAAGAAAGGACAUAUUACAUUAGCAUGUAGGUAAGGGUGCAUGCUAACAUUCCUAUAUUUCUCUCAUAUAAGAUAGGAUUUGAAGAAUGUAAUUAAUUGUAUGAAGGUGAGUAUGUGAACAAACAAAAAGACAAAUGUGAAUUUAUAUUUAAAAUAACAUUGGAGACAUGAAAUACAUACUGAUUAAUGCAUACCUCAUGAAAUAUUUUAUUUUUUAUCACAUUACAAAGCGCAGUUUCAUUUUCAUAUCAAUAUAUUGAUAAGGGAGAGGACUCAGAAAUAUUUGGCCUCCAAAACUGCUAUCUCUAAUAUAGUACCAAUCCUGGGAAUUGUAUAAUUAUUCCUAGUUAGAGUGAAAGUAUCAAGUUUACACACAAAUAGUUGUCAGCUGAUCCAUGUUGUUACAUCUUAGACAGUGACUGCUCUCUAUAGUAUGGGAUUUUACUGAUGUUCAUUGAGAGAUUAUAACGUGCCAGGUGUGGAUCUAAGCACUUUACUUGGUAGGUAGUUAUUAUCCCCAUUUUACCUAUGAGGAACUGAAGGAUAGAAAAGCUAAGUAAUUUGAUCAAGGUCACACAGUUAAUAAGUGGCAGAGUGAGUAUUCAAGUUCAGGUAGUCAUAUUCCAGAGGCCACGAUUUUAACUAGUAGGCAAUACAGAUCCUACUCCAUCUCCAUGCAUUAGGUUCACGAUGCCAGUCUAUUAAUAGAUGCUUCCUCUUUUGUAUAAAGGCAUUGACAUUCUUUAGGGUAGGUUGUAUGUAUCAAAAAGGUGUAUGAAAAUGUUACGAUCCUAGAUGUAUUAUUGCUUGUGGGGCAAUCCUUAGCUGCUUACCCUGGUCUGGCCUGGGACAUGAGCCUGGAGACCCAUGGCAGUUCAUACGCCUCCCUAUGCAGUGACAGACUCAAGCAGAAAGAGGACGCAGCAGUGUUAAUGAACUGCUGAGGUCCUACAGAAUCUUUAAAAAAAUCUCUGUAGAGUUGGUUAUCUCCUUGGCUCUUCCUGAGAAGUCCUCCAGUCUGCACCACCAUUUACUCAAGAGCAAUUUACAGGCAUGAAGGAUAUUAGGGUAAGUGGUUGAUUAUAAAUCUAUUCUGGAGACAUACAAUUAUACAGAUUAUUCAUAAAAUUUUUCAGUGUUGGCAUUUCACAUUUAAAUUGCAUUUUGUUCAAACUUUAGAGUACCCUACAUUCCCUCCCCUCCAUUUGCUCUUUCCUUAUUAAAAUACGAAGUUGCAGAGAAGUUACAAUUAUAUGCAUUCCUCUUCCUAAACACACUGAGGUACUGCUGAAUCCAGCUGCCAAAAAUAAAAGGACUUUUAUUUAGUGGAGGCUACUUUUCCCACCAAUGGCUCUUUUCCCACUACUGCAUUGUCAGUUUGGUAAAUCACUCAUGAUUCUCUGAUGAUGUCUUCUUGGUGAAUUUUAGUAUCCUGCACUUUCUAAUUGAGCUGUCCAUUUUCUUUAUUUUAAUUAUAUUUCUCCCCUCUUGGUAAUCACUUGUUAGUUCUUGGUAGGAUUUCAGUUAGGUGAUAAUAACUUUUAAGGGUAAAUACACAAGCAUACUAUUAUAGUGGACUAGUGAAAAUAACAGCAUAUUUUCGAUAUUUUAUUGUUCCUUAAAUUUCACUUUUUUAAGACUGCUUUAGCCAUUUAAUGUGAAAAUAUAAUGAAAUAUUUCUAAAAGAUGACUGUUAAAGUAUAUAUUGUUGCAUGUAUAUGUUAAGUAGCCAAUAAUAUAAAUAUAAUUAUCAUUAUUACAGAUAAAUGGGGCCUUUGAAAAUAUGAAAAAACAAAAUUUUAUGAAAAUGUAUAAAAGAUGCAACUGAUGUUUCAAAUGGCAACAUCUUUUCAGUACUACAAAAAUGGAAUCAUUCUGAAGUUUUAGAAAACAUGUAAUAUAUUCAUUAUAAUUCUAAAUAUCUAAAAGCCUUUCUAAAAUGCAAAACUAUUAAUUGACUUUUAAUUGCCUUAUUUUACUUCUCAUGUGAUUAUUUUUCUUAAUUGUUAUUUUUCAUAAUUAUUAUUUUUCUGAAUCAUUCUUCUGGCCUCAGAAGUAGGACUGAAUUCUGCUGUUGCUAGAUGUGAGAAAGUGGUGAUGCAAACUUUAAAGCAAUAGAAAUUUGUUUCCUGAUCUGUGUUUGGAGAAAUGCCCCUGAGAAAAAUAUAAGAAUGUAGAAAAUAUACCCUGUCUUAAUCCUAUGCAAAAAAAUCAAGUAAUUUUUUUUCCUAUGAGGAAAAUAACCAUGAGCUGUAUCAUGCUACUUAGCUUUUGUGUACAGAUUUCAUAUGUCUCCUCUCUGAAGAAUAUUUAAAAUCACAUUUAAAUAUGAAUAUAUUCAUGCUAACAUUAUUUUUCAAAAUAUACAUGGAAAUUUAUCCCAGAUUGUCUACACAUAAGAUUUUUAUUUAAAUUUUAAAUAUUUGAAAGUAUGAAUAAAUUAUAUUUAUAGGUAUUUAUCAGAGAUAAUUAUUUUGUGCCACAUACAGGGAUGUCUAAUGAGCGCUAGUAUUAAACUACCUGAUUAAUUUCUUAUACAUCAACAUAACCUUGGCUUGAUUAAGGAAUUUUACUUUCAAAGUUAAUUUGAUAAUAGUAACUUAAGGUAUAUUCACACUUACAUUACAAUCAAAUUAUGGAAAUCAUUUAUGUAAAAGGGCUUCAAGAAUACAUCAUAUCUAAUUUUUAUAUUUAUGUCCUAUGUAAUAUGAUAAAACUGUAAUUCUUUUUAAUUACCAUUUGCCAUUAAGCUAUUUCAUAAUAAAUUCUGUACAGAGAGUUUUCCCCCAAAAAAGAGAUUUAUGAAAUUUAAAGUUUCUUAUGUGAUAUUUUAAAUAAAGUACGAUAAAUAUAAUCAUAAAUAUUUCUUUAGAAAUACUAUAAACACUGAACUUAAAUAUAUAAUACCUGUGUCAGUCUAUAAAGUCCUUGUUUUGAAAUAAGUAAACAGCCUAAAAUGUUAUUGAAAUUAUUUUGUAAAUUCAUGACCUAAAGCAGUACACACACAGUAUAACACACCUUAGUCCAGUGUUAGUAUUUAUAUUUGUGAUGUGUCAUCAUGAAAAUGAGAUGUUCCACCCUCAAUUGUCCAUCAGUUAGUAAAACAAAUUCUGAUAUAUAUUCAGUAUAUAUAUAAUUAGCUUUAAGUGAAACUGGAAUAAUUUUAGUGGAAGCACAAAUCUGUUCUUAACCUUUAAGCCGUGAAUGUUAUAAUAAUGAAUAGGUUCUUUGAUUUUUUUCUUAGUGUGAGGAAAUUAUAAAGUGCUUAACUUCCAGAGAUUGUUCGUAUGAUACUAAAAACUGUUUCAUUCAGCCUAACACACAUACAUUCUGAGUUGUUUUUUCUUUUUUUUUUUAACUUUCCAAAUCACUGACUUUCCAUCGUGCAUUUAUCUAAAAUUAAAGCAUACUGUGUGGAUUCUCCCAGUGGUUAGAUGAGUUAAAUAACAAAAGCAGAUGCUUUUGUGUGAUCUCCAAAUUGUCAAUUAUAAGGAAGUAUUCUGUGGAGAUUUUCUUUAAAGGUAGCUUGCAGAUAUCCAGCCUGAACGGACUGGAAGUUGUCUCCCAACGUCUGUUUACCCUACUUCUUUAAAAGCUGCUGUCCAUCAUGUUCCUCAGCUGCCCUUGCAAUUAGGUGUACAAGUGACUUGAGUACUGGCCAGUGAGAUGAAGUCAAAACUAAUCCUGUCUGGCCUUCAGUUCUUUGUCAUGAUACCGUUUAACACUGAUCGAAUAAAAUAGACUGCAAUAAUUCUUACCUUUAAAAGCUUUUAAAGGAUAAUGCGCAACUGAUUUGCUGUUGUUAAUUAAUUAUACUGAUUUUCUUGCCUUGAUUCUUCAUUAGGUAUUUUGUAUCUGCUUGGAAUAUAUUGUCUUCUUUGUAACUGUGUAAUUGAAAUUUACUAAAACUCUGUAAUCUCCAAAAUGCCGCUAUUAUAUGCCAUGGUUUUAUAGCAUUCUAAUAGAUCUGCCUUAUAAACAUUUAAAUAAAAAGUACUAUUUAGUGUU